UACCCAUUUUUCGGAACUGUGUUGACAGGUCCCAGUAACAACAGGUUGCUGACAAUAAAAGGACACUUACUGGAUUAUCCGGUGAAGAUACCGGGUCAUGUCCGAGUCUCGAGCACGGUAGACAUCCAUAGACCAAUCAGAGCGGGACAAUUGAGACUGGACGUAACCAUUCAGAAAUGGAUAGUUUUUGGAUACUUCACUCUGCCAUGUAUCUCCUCGGCUGGAAGUUGCUCGUAUGAUCUCUGUGACCUACUGUCGUGGUUUGAAGAUACAGGUUGUCCCUGGCAACUGAAAUCCAGCAACUUCCCAUGUACAUGUCCAUUUUCCAACGGAACAUACACACUCGACCCACAUCCAUUCCGCAUCCCAGAAGUAACGAUAUGGCAAUGGAUUGCAUAUGGUGAUUUCCGAGUGAUAGGCAGCCUUGUUGAUAAAGAUACCUCACAGGAAGUAGCGUGUUACAGUUUAGAAUUCACAGUCCAGAGUGCUCGGACCUUCGGGCGCUGGUGGUAGACAUCUUACUACAAUGUUAUGUUGUAAAUAAUGAUUAACAAAUUAUUUGGGAAAUGUUACUAGCAAGCUGUACAGCGUAGUAAAAUGUAAAAACAUUGGUAUUAUUGAAUAAAAUACUAAAAAAUAU